AUGGCUUCAUACUUACCGCAAGAAGAGUUUGAAACUAACGUUUAUAAAUAUGACGAGACCCCAGAAAACAAGUCCUGGGCUUCGACCUUGCCAACAGCAAAAGGUUUGUACAACCCAGAAUACGAGAAAGAUGCGUGUGGGGUAGGAUUCACCUGUCAUAUCAAGGGAGAAGCUUCCCACAAAAUAGUUUCUGAUUGUAGAAAUUUGUUAUGUAAUAUGACCCAUAGAGGAGGAGAAUUAAAUCCCAAGGAUGGUGACGGUGCAGGGUUGUUAUCUUCUUUGCCACACAAGUUUUUCUUGAGAGAGUUCAAGUAUUACUGUAAUAUCGAUUUGCCAAAAUUGGGCCAGUACGGUACCGGUAAUAUUUUUUUCAAGAAAGACGACGAUGUAUUUGAAAAAUCCAGAAAAACGUUUGAAAGCAUAGCAAACACAUUAGGAUUAAAGGUCUUAGGAUGGAGAAAAGUUCCUCACGAUUCUUCCAUUUUAGGACCAGCUUCGUUGUCGAGAGAACCAAUGAUUUUGCAACCAGCAAUUGUAUUGAGUGAGUUAUUUGAUGGCCAACAUAAAGAGAUUUCGGAAGAAGAAUUCGAAAAGAACUAUCAAAUGGACUUUGAAAAAAAAUUAUUCAUCUUAAGAAAGCAAAGUACCCAUACUAUUGGAUUACACAAUUGGUUUUAUAUUUGUUCCUUGUCGUCAAAAACUAUCGUCUAUAAAGGUCAGUUAGCUCCAAACCAAGUCUAUGCUUAUUAUCAUGAUUUGGUGAAUGCUGAAUACGAGGCUCAUUUUGCUUUAGUUCAUUCUCGUUUCUCUACCAAUACAUUUCCAUCAUGGGACAGAGCGCAACCAUUAAGAUGGGCAGCACACAAUGGGGAAAUCAAUACCUUAAGAGGUAACAAAAAUUGGAUGAGAGCUAAGGAAGGUGUUAUGGAAUCCGAAUUAUUCGGUGAUGAAUUAGAUAAAUUAUAUCCUAUUAUUGAAGAAGGGGGCUCGGAUUCUGCCGCAUUUGAUAAUGUUUUGGAAUUAUUAGUUAUUAAUGGUGUUUUAUCCUUACCAGAAGCAGUGAUGAUGUUAAUUCCAGAGGCUUGGCAAAACGAUACCCACAUUGAUUCUAAGAAAAAAGCAUUUUAUGAAUGGGCUGCAUGUCUUAUGGAACCUUGGGAUGGUCCCGCUUUAUUUACAUUUGCUGAUGGUAGAUAUUGUGGUGCGAAUUUAGAUCGUAAUGGUUUAAGACCUUGUCGUUAUUAUGUCACUGACGAUGAUCGUAUGAUCUGUGCCUCUGAAGUUGGAGUAAUUGAAAUUGAACCAGAAAAGAUUUUACAAAAAGGAAGGUUGCAACCAGGCAGAAUGUUGUUAGUUGAUACUAAAGAGGGACGUAUCGUUGAUGAUCGUGAAUUGAAGAAUAAAGUUGCUUCAAGAUUUGAUUUCAAGUCAUGGGUUUUAGCUAAUAUGAUUAGUAUGGAUGAUUUAUUUAGUAAAUUAGAAUCAAGAGAUGUUAAUUUAAUUGAAAACCCUGAAUCUCAAGAUAUAACGGUCCAAACUGAUCCUAGGUUAGUUGCAUUUGGUUAUUCUCAUGAACAAAUAUCAUUGGUUUUAGCACCUAUGGCCGAGGGUAAAGAAGCCUUAGGCUCUAUGGGUAAUGACAAUGCAUUAGCAUGUAUUUCGGAACAACCUAAAUUAUUAUAUGACUAUUUCCGUCAAUUAUUCGCCCAAGUUACUAAUCCGCCUAUUGAUCCAAUAAGAGAGGAAAUUGUUAUGUCUCUAGAAUGCUACGUUGGGCCUCAAGGUAACUUAUUGGAAAUGAAACCAGACCAGUGUAACAGGUUAUUAUUAAAAUCUCCUGUCUUAUCAUCUUUAGAGUUGAAUGCUAUCAAGAAUAUCGAAAAAGUCUAUCCAAAAUGGUCCGUUACCAAUAUUGAUAUUACAUUUGAUAAAGCUGAAGGUAUUCAAGGUUAUAUUAAUAAAAUCGAUAAUAUUUGCCAAGCAUCUUCUAAAGCUAUUGCUGACGAUCAUCAAAUUAUUAUUUUGUCUGACAAGCUCACAAGCUUUAAUAGAAUCCCAAUUUCUGCAUUAAUCGCCACUGGUGCAGUUCAUCAUCAUUUAGUCAGGCAAAAGCAACGUUCUAAAGUGGCCAUUAUAAUUGAAACCGCGGAAGCAAGAGAAGUUCAUCAUGCAUGUUGUUUAGUUGGUUAUGGUGCUGAUGGUAUCAAUCCAUAUUUGGCUUUAGAAACUUUGGUUCGUAUGAAUAAAGAAAAUUUGUUAAAAGCUUCCUUGACUGACGAUCAAAUUAUUAAGAACUAUAAAAUAGCAGUUGAUUCUGGUAUUUUAAAGGUCAUGUCAAAGAUGGGUAUUUCGACAUUAGCCUCGUAUAAAGGUGCUCAAAUUUUUGAAGCUUUGGGAGUAGAUAAUUCUGUGAUUGACAGAUGUUUUGCUGGUACUGCUUCAAGAAUUAAAGGUAUUACUUUUGAGUAUGUCGCCCAAGAUGCUUUUUCUUUACACGACGUAGGUUACCCUUCAAGAGAAACUAUAAAGCCUGUUGCAUUGCCAGAGACAGGUGAAUAUCACUGGAGAGAUGGGGGUGAUUCUCAUAUCAAUGAACCUGCAGCCAUAGCCUCGAUGCAGGAUGCAGUAAAGAAUAAGAAUGAGAUCGCUUAUGAAGCAUACUCCAAGAAAGAAUAUGAAGCAAUUAAGAAUUGUACUUUAAGAGGCUUACUAGAUUUUGACUAUGAAAGUUCUCAGUCAAUUCCAAUUGAUCAAGUUGAACCUUGGACCGAAAUCGUACGUCGUUUCUUCACUGGGGCAAUGUCUUACGGGUCAAUCUCGAUGGAAGCUCAUUCUACUUUAGCAGUUGCCAUGAAUAGAUUAGGUGGUAAGUCAAAUACAGGUGAAGGUGGUGAGGAUUCGGCUAGGUCUUUGGUUCAUUCAAAUGGUGAUACUAUGAGGUCUGCUAUCAAGCAAAUUGCAUCUGGAAGAUUUGGUGUUACUUCUUAUUAUUUAUCUGAUGCUGAUGAGUUGCAGAUUAAAAUGGCCCAAGGUGCUAAGCCUGGAGAAGGUGGUGAAUUACCAGGUCAUAAAGUGUCUGAACAGAUUGGUAAAACUAGGCAUUCAACCCCAGGAGUUGGUUUGAUUUCUCCUCCACCACAUCACGAUAUUUACUCUAUUGAAGAUUUGAAACAAUUGUUGUACGAUUUAAAAUGCUCGAAUCCUAGAGCAAGGACUUCUGUUAAAUUAGUUUCCGAAGUUGGUGUAGGUAUUGUUGCAGCAGGUGUUGCUAAAGCGGGCUCAGAGAAUAUUUUGAUAUCUGGUGGUGAUGGCGGGACCGGUGCCGCCAAAUUAACUUCAAUUAAAUAUGCUGGCUUACCAUGGGAGUUGGGAUUAGCAGAAUCCCAUCAGACUUUAGUUUUGAAUGACUUGAGAGGUAGGGUUGUUUUGCAGACUGAUGGUCAACUUAGAACUGGUCGUGAUAUCGCAGUCGCUGCUUUAUUGGGUGCAGAAGAAUGGGGGUUUGCAACUACUCCUUUGAUUGCAUUGGGGUGUAUCCUUACGCGUAAGUGUCACCUUAAUAUAUGUCCUGUAGGAAUUGCAACGCAAGACCCUGAAUUGAGAAAAAAGUUUACUGGUACACCGGAGCAUGUUAUUAAUUUUUUGUACUAUUUGGCUAAUGAAUUGAGGGGUAUUAUGGCUAAUCUAGGAUUUAGAACGGUGAAUGAGAUGAUAGGAAGAACGGAGAAAUUGAAAGUUAGAGAAGACUUAAGAAAUACCAAGAAUGCUAAUAUUGAUUUGUCUCCAAUCUUGACCCCUGCGCAUACUAUUAGACCAGGUGUCGCGACUCACUGCGUCAAAAAACAAGAUCAUAGACUACACGUUAGAAUUGAUAACAAGUUAAUAGAUGAGUCUGAAAUAACUUUAGCAAGGGGUUUACCUGUUACCAUUGAUUGCGAUGUUGUCAAUACUGAUCGUUCAUUAGGUACAACUUUAUCGUAUAGGGUUUCAAAGAUUUUUGGUGAGCAAGGUUUACCACAUGAUACAAUCCAUGUUAAUGUAAAUGGUUCUGCUGGUCAAUCCUUUGGUGCAUUUUUGGCUCCCGGGAUUACGUUGGAAUUAGAAGGCGAUGCCAAUGAUUACGUUGGUAAAGGUUUAUCUGGUGGUAGAAUUAUUGUUUACCCACCAAAGGAAUCCAAGUUCAAUGCUGAAGACCAAAUUAUUGCUGGAAAUACAGCAUUUUUCGGUGCUACUUCAGGUGCUGCUUUUAUUAGAGGGGUUGCUGCAGAAAGAUUCGCAGUUAGAAAUUCUGGCGCAAACAUUGUUGUUGAAGGUACUGGUGAUCAUGGAUGUGAAUAUAUGUCUGGUGGUAGGGUUGUUGUCUUGGGAUCUACAGGUCGUAAUUUUGCAGCCGGUAUGUGUGGUGGUAUCGCGUACGUUUUAGAUAUGGCACAAGAUUUUGGUGAUAAAGUUAAUAGUCAAAAUGUUGAACUUUCCCAAAUUACAGAAGCUUCUGAAAUUGCUUUUGUAAGAGGUUUAAUUGAAGACCAUCGCCAUUACACUUCAUCUGCAGUCGCUGAAAAUAUUUUGAACAAUUUCAAUAGAAUUUUACCUAGAUUUGUUAAGGUUUUGCCUUAUGAUUAUAAGAAGGUGUUAGAAAAUGAAAAGAGAAAGCAUGAAGAAGCUAAGAAGAAUGAACUUAAUACUUUCAUCAAAUCAAUCAAGGAAGACCCUGAUAGUGAUGCAACCAAUGGGGAAGCUGCGAAAAUUAGGAAAGGACAUAUUCACCGUCCAAGUCAGAAUGCGGUGUCAGCUAAGGAUGGUAGCCAUGAACCAAAGGUUUUGGACGUGGAAGAUACUAUUUUUGAUACUGAAGUUGAAAAGAAAUCUGUUGCUAAAUUGGAUAAAUUAAGGGGGUUUAUGAAAUACAAGCGUCGUAAUGAGAAGUAUAGAGAUGCGAAGAAGAGAACUAACGACUGGAACGAAAUGACUUCAAGGCUCACAAAGGAUGAAUUGAAAUACGAAACUGCCAGAUGUAUAGAUUGUGGAGUUCCAUUCUGUACGUCGGAUACAGGUUGUCCAAUUUCAAACGUUAUCCCAAAGUGGAAUGAAUUAGUUUUCCAGGAUAGAUGGUAUGAUGCAUUACAAAGAUUAUUAAUGACCAACAACUUCCCAGAAUUCACUGGUAGAAUUUGUCCAGCUCCGUGUAACGGUGCUUGUGUCUUAGGUAUUAAUAGCGAUCCUGUCAAUAUCAAAUCUGUUGAAUGUGCAAUCAUUGAUCAUGGUUUUGAACAGGGUUGGAUUAAACCAGAACCACCUCAGCAUAGAACUGGUAAAACUGUUGCAAUUAUUGGUUCUGGUCCAGCCGGUUUAGCUGCGGCUGAUCAAUUAAAUAAGGCUGGUCAUUCUGUGAAGGUGUAUGAAAGAAGCGACAGACCAGGUGGUUUAUUAAUGUAUGGUAUUCCAAACAUGAAAUUAGAUAAAAGAAUUGUCAAGCGUAGAACUGAUUUGAUGACUGCUGAAGGAGUUGAAUUUAUUUGUUCAACAACCAUUGGUGAAGAUAUUACCAUCGAAGAAAUCAAAUCUUCUACCGAUGCAGUCAUCUUUGCAGUCGGUUCAACCAUUCCCAGGGAUCUUAGAAUCAAGGGUCGUGAAUUGAAUAAUAUCAAUUUUGCAAUGCAACUUUUACAUAAAAAUACUAAAGCAUUGCUAGACAAUGAUUUGGAGGAAAUCAAAAAGACAUUAGAAGGUAAACAUGUCAUUGUCAUUGGUGGUGGUGACACUGGUAACGAUUGUUUAGGUACAUCAACGAGACAUGGAGCCAAAUCAGUCACCAACUUCGAAUUAUUACCUAAUCCGCCAACCGCAAGACCAAAAGAUAACCCAUGGCCUCAAUGGCCAAGAGUCUUUAGGGUUGAUUAUGGUCACACUGAAGUCACUGAGCAUUAUGGUAAAGAUCCAAGAGAAUAUUCCAUUUUAUCUAAGGAAUUUGUGGACGACGGUGAAGGCAAUGUGAAAGGUAUCAAGACCAUUAGAGUUGAGUGGAAACGCUCAGAUAGUGGGGCAUGGCAAAUGGCAGAAGUUCCAGGAAGUGAAGAAUUUUUCUCAGCGGAUGUUGUCUUGUUGUCGAUGGGUUUUAUUGGACCCGAUGCUGAUAAUUUAGAAGUCACGAAGACUAAGAGAGGUACAAUUUCAACUUUGGAACCAAAUGGUUACAAGGUAAAUAACGAGGAUAACUUAUUUACUGCAGGUGACUGUAGAAGAGGUCAAUCGUUAGUUGUUUGGGGUAUCCAAGAAGGAAGGCAAUGUGCCAGAGAGGUUGAUAAUUAUCUCAUGGGCUCAUCAAGAUUACCAGGUAACGGAUCAAUCGAGCAACGUAAUUUCAAGUUGUUAGAAGAAUUAGCUGAAAAAGUUUAA